AACUUACUAAUUCAAUACUGGUGACUGGUGACUGUUGCCUUGAUUCUUCACUGGAUAUCUGGAACAGAUCGAAUCCGACAGCGGCUUAAAUCGAUGGCGACGCACGAACUCCGCCGUCCAUUCAAACGGCCGGCUAUCUCAGACCAGCAAAGGCGCCGAGAAAUCUCCUUACAACGGCAGGCCCAGAACCGCCGCGACGCUCAACACCAGGCGCGCUGUUUAGCCUCCACUAUUCUCACCCUUCAACCCGCUCAAUACGAACCAACAGAGCCCGACCUCCAACCCCAAUCGGAAACGGAACUCAUACCCGAAUUGGAAAUCGAGUCCCAAGAACAGCGUCGAGAUUUAAGAGACAUAGACGAUGUUAUACAGGCAUCCAGACUGAAAGGGGUCGAAGCUCGCCAAUGGUUCGCAAAGCAGCUUAUGCUUCCUGAGUGGAUGAUUGAUGUUCCUGAGCGAUUAAAUACUGACUGGUAUGUAUUUGCUAGGCCAGCUGGAAAACGAUGUUUUGUGGUUUCAUCGAAUGGAACAACAAUUAGUAGAUUGCGCAAUGGCUCUAUGCUGCACCGUUUUCCUUCUGCUCUGCCGAAUGGUGCCAGAACCAGCAAAAGUUCCCAAUCGGGACAAUCUUAUUGUAUACUUGACUGCAUAUUUCACGAGCCAGAUCAAACUUAUUAUGUGAUUGACAUGGUGUGUUGGGCGGGAAUGUCGCUGUAUGAGUGCACUACUGAGUUUAGAUUUUUCUGGUUAAAUAGCAAGCUUGUAGAGACAGGGGCAUGCGAUGUUCCCUCAUCUUACCAUAAGUUUAGAUUCAGCACCGUUCCUAUAUACAACUGUGACCAGGAGGGUCUAAAUGCAGCUUAUACUGGGCCAGUGCCAUAUGUGAAGGAUGGACUAUUGUUUUGUAAUAAACAUGCACAUUAUCAGUCAGGAAAUACACCUCUUAUGCUAGUCUGGAAGGAUGAGAACUGUAGUCAAUAUGUUAUUGAUACAGAUAGUAAAGGACAGGUUCCAAAUAAACAGCAGGUAGUAUUGGAGCUACUUUUCGAUGGGAAACUGGCUACAUCAGAUGAUCCCCCUGUCAUAUUUGGCUGUUUGAACGAGGAUUUCAUACAAAAGACAGGACUUCAGGCUGGGAAUCUUCUCCGAUUUGCUAUUAGUGAUGGAGGAUUAAGUUUUGUGGAUGGAAAACUGGAGAAAGCUGAUUUGCACUACCUUGGAAAACCCAACCGUGCUCGAGCUUUUGCUGAUAGUUACUCCAAGGUUAUAUUCCAGUACACAGUUCGGCACUCAUCUCUAAGAAUCGAGCAUAUUUAUGCAUCAAUGAGUUUGUCGAGUGAGCAGGGAAACAAAAUUUCUGACUUAGAUAUGGCUGGUUAAAGAUACCUAGUGGCUGGUCUUGUAAUACCAGGUGAGGAAUCUGUAGUUUUGUUCCCCAUGCCUUAUCUUUUCAUUUGUGUUGGGCUUAUUGUAGCUAGCAAUGCAGAUAUAUCGUGCCCAUAAGGGUUGCCUUUCUGGUUUGUAAGAUGUGAUUACUUCAUGAAUCCAGCUUGUAUUGUGAAAGUAUUUGAAAUUUGAGUAAGAUCAUAAAUUUGUAAUAUCCAGUUCACUAAAUCGAAUAAUUCAAGAAAUAUAACCUUUUUACAUAUUUUAAUA